CCCGGCUGUGCGGCGGCUGCCCGAGCACUGAUCCUUUGCGACCCUUGGUCCGUUCCUCCGUCGUUACGGGGAAUAAAUCUCACUCGAAACCAGAAACUGGCCCGCUCCUGGAAAGGGGUCAGAUAUUGCAGAUCCCUUCGUCUUCCAGUGGACCCCCAGCCCAUCAUCGGCGGCGUCCGCGGUUGGCAGUUUUGCCCGGCGUUCGUCACCUUGAAAAAUGGCUGAUGGACAGGACCGGGUGGUUGUUCUAGUGGACAUGGACUGUUUUUUUGUUCAAGUGGAGCAGCGGCAAAAUCCUCAUUUGAGGAAUAAACCUUGUGCAGUCGUACAGUACAAAACAUGGAAGGGUGGUGGAAUAAUUGCAGUGAGUUAUGAAGCUCGUGCAUUUGGGGUCGCUAGAAGCAUGUGGGCAGAUGAUGCUAAGAAGUUAUGUCCAAAUCUUCUACUGGCAGAAGUUCGUCAGACACGUGGGAAAGCUGACCUCACCAAGUACCGGGAAGCCAGUGUGGAAGUGAUGGAGGUAAUGUCUCGUUUUGCUGGGAUUGAACGUGCCAGCAUUGAUGAGGCUUUUCUAGACCUGACCAGUGUUGUACGAGAGAGACUACAAAAGCUACAAGGUCAGCCUAUCUCAGCAGACUUGUUGCCAAGCACGUUCAUUGAAGGGUUGCCCCAAGGCCCUACAACAGCAGAAGGGACUGUUGAGAAAGAGGAGAUGCGAAAACAAGGCUUACUUCAAUGGCUUGAUUCUCUUCAAAUGGAUAACCCCACCUCUCCAGAGCUGCAGCUCACCAUGGGAGCAGUGAUUGUGGAGGAAAUGAGAGCAGCCAUAGAGAGGAAGACUGGCUUUCAGUGUUCAGCUGGAAUUUCACACAAUAAGGUCCUGGCAAAACUAGGCUGUGGACUAAACAAGCCCAACCACCAGACCCUGAUCCCACAUGGGUCAGUCCCACAGCUCUUCAGCCAAAUGCCUAUUAGCAAAGUCCGUAAUCUUGGAGGAAAGCUAGGGGCCUCUGUCAUUGGAAUACUGGGGAUAGAAUACAUGGGUGAACUGACCCAGUUCACUGAAUCCCAGCUCCAGAGUCAUUUUGGGGAAAAGAAUGGUUCUUGGCUAUAUGCCAUGUGCCGUGGGAUUGAACAUGAUCCAGUUAAACCCAGGCAAAUACCCAAAACCAUUGGCUGCUGCAAGAACUUCCCAGCAAAAACGGCUCUGACAACCCCGGAACAGGUACAAUGGUGGCUUUUGCAAUUAGCCCAGGAACUAGAGGAGAGACUAACCAAGGACCAAAAUGAUAAUGACAGGGUGGCCACCCAGCUGGUUGUCAGCCUUCGUGUACAAGGAGAUAGACGUUACAGCAGCCUGCGCCGCUGCUGUGCCCUUACCCACUAUGAUGCUCACAAGAUGAGCCAUGACGCAUUUGCUGUCAUCAGGAACUGUAAUACUUCAGGAAUCCAAACUGAAUGGUCCCCUCCCCUCACAAUGCUUUUCCUCUGUGCUACCAAAUUCUCUGCCUUUACUCCUUCAUCUUGCACAGACAUCACCACUUUCCUGAGCAGUGACCCAUGUUCAAUGCCAAAGGUGCCAAUUACUAGUUCAGAAGCUAAGACUCAAGGAAGUGGCCCAGCAGUGACAGCCACUAAGAAAGCAACCACUUCUCUGGAAUCAUUCUUCCAAAAAGCUGCAGAAAAACAGAAAGUCAAAGAAACUUCGCUUUCAUCUCUUACUGCCACUGCCCAGGCUCCCAUGAGCAAUUCACCAUCCAAGCCCUCAUUACCUUUCCAAACCAGUCAUGCUACAGGAACUGAGCCCUUCUUUAAGCAGAAGAGUCUACUUCUAAAGCAGACCCAGCUUAAUAAUACUUCAGUUUUCUUCCCUCCACAAAAUCCACGAUCCAGCCCUCAAGAGUUACCAAACGAUUUUGCAACAGAAUAUCCUGAUUGUGCCCCUGUCUGUGAAGAGGUGUUGAAGCUAGGAUCCUCUAGAGCAACUCCUGCAGAGAUGGAUUUGACCCAGAACAGCCCAAGCAGGCUUGCUUCUUUAACUUCCAAGUGUGCUCUGGAGGGAGCGCAGAAGGCAACUACCACCCCAAGUCUCCUGGCUGCUGAGGACCAAAUGCCCUGUGAGAAGUGUGGCUCUCUGGUACCUGUAUGGGAGAUGCCAGAACACACGGACUAUCAUUUUGCAUUGGAGUUGCAGAAAUCCUUUUUGCAGCCCUACUCCUCAAACCCCCAGGUUGUUCUUGCCAGUUCUCCUCAAAGCAAAAGAAAUCCCAAGAGCCCUUUGGCUUCCAGUAGUAAACGCCCUAGGCCUGAGGGCAUGCAGACAUUGGAAUCAUUUUUUAAGCCAUUAACACACUAGUACUGCCCUUAGGCUUGCUGUAGGGUUUUAAUAUUUUAUCUGUAACCUAGGAGAUGGAAAUAUGUUCACUUCUCAAUGAAAUUCGUAACUUUAUGAAGUUUUUAAUACGAAAAGUAAUCCAGCUAGAUGCUGAGUUAAGGCUCCCAUCUUUUCACAGGCAUGGAUUCUAAUCCCAUUGCUGAUAGAGAUGUACAAAUUUAUCUUCCAGAGAUAUAACUGCUUUGAGUUUUUAAUUGUUGGAGUUUAAGAAGGCAGCGUCAUAUAGUAAAAAAUGUGUGGGCCUUGAAGCCUAAGAGAUGUGGUUCCAAACCUGGCUCUGCCUCGUGGAAUAUGGCCUUGAGCAAGUCACUUUCCUCACUUUUCCCCAUCUGUAAAAUUGAGAUAAUACCUUAUGGAUUAUUGAAGAUUAAGAAUGAUGUAUUUAAAGUAGGUAGCUUAAAGU